UGAAAUCAAUCCACAAGAGUGACCCAACUCGCUGAUUCCAUCCCCAGCCGGCGGUAAUCCUGCGAUCACCCCUUUAAGCACUCCCAAUGGUCGCUGAAUAGUGAGUCAGCACAAAGAAACCGAACCUCACAGAAAGCCUUCCAAGACCUUCUCUCUCUCUCUCUCGGCGUCACCAUCACCAAAGACACAACGUUUCCGCCGUUAGAAACUAACGGCCUCUUUUCAGCCGACGUGUUCCCGCAAACCUACGCCGUUGCUCGGCCGAUCAUGUCUUCCGCGUCGCCGCCUCCAUCAACCCCAGCCAAAGACACGAACCUUCCGCAGCUAGAAACUUACGAACACUUUUCAGCCUGUGUGUUCCCUCAAAACUACGUCGUUUCGGGCUCGGUUAUGCCGAGGUACGCGCUAAGCGUACUGUGCGAGAAGAUGGACGGUGUAGGGUUGAGGAAUUACCUUUUUGCCCAUUUCAAGGACCGGAUUAAGGUCCAGGCUGAGCUCCCAGGGGCGCUUCGGUGCGCACCAGAACCUGGUAAGAUGGUUCUAGAAGCUCUUCAAGGGUUCCACGGUGGUAGUGGGUUUAAUGAUGCGGAAUUGAAGAAGGUGAGGAAGUGUUGCUUGAUGCUGAUGAAGCAGCUGAGGAUCGCGAAUGCGUGGUUGAGCUCAAAGACGAGGGAGAAGGCGUUGGAGGCGGCGAGGGAGUGGAAAGAAAGGUUGGUGGCCAUAGAUAGCGGCAAUACUCUGGUUGCGUUGGGUUUUCUUCACUUGGUCUCAGCAUUUGGUUUGGUUUCUGAGUUUAUUUUGGAUGAGCUUGUGGAUUGCUCGUUGGGUGCUACGAUUCAUGAGGAGUUUCCGGAGCUGUGCCGGAUCACCGGUUUGGCUGAUAGAGUUCCUGAUAUUGUUCAGAAACUGAUAAACAGGGGCAAACAUAUUCUGGCUGUCAAGUAUGUUUUUGAGUUUAAUCUUGUUGAUAAGAUCUCACCGGUUGCCAUUUUGAAAGAUUGUGUUGAGGAGUCUAAGGAACUUUCCAAAAGACUUACAGAGGAGGGAAAGACUCUGAUUGAGACUACAGCUAGAGAAAUUCAUGCACUGAAGUCUGUUAUUAAGACUAUUGAGUAUCAUAAACUCGAAUCUGAAUAUCCGCGAGCUAUAGUUGAUCAGCGUAUAGAGGAAGUGAGGAGGCACAAGUCAAUGAUAAAGAAGAAGUUAAAAAUGAAGCGCCGCGCAUGUGCACAGGCUUCUACUGCAAAGCUUCUGCUGCAUCAACAACAACAUCAGCCGCAGCAGCCACAGAGAAAGAUGCAGAUGCAGAGGCAGCAGCAAAGCGAAUUUAAGCGCCCUCGAACUCAAACACCGAAUGCAGUUGGUCAUUCGGCUAUCCAGAAAAAUAAUGUUAAUGAAGGUGAUUUAACAACGCACCAAUACCAGUACUGUUGUGAAGAACCUCUUGUUCAUUCAUCAGUAUGUUUAUUUCAAGAACAUCUAAAUCCUUACAUGAAUUCAACAGCUGUGCAAUUUGGCAUGGUAGAUCUUUCAGGAGCAAGCUCACAUCCUCCAGAAUCACAGGCUUUUCUAGGUUAAGGACCUGCAAACCCAACACAGAAUGGAAUCAGACACUGAUUGAACAAGUCUUUCCUCUUGAAACAAGUCUCAAAAUUCAAUCAAUCAAAAUAGGAGAUGAAGAUAAAAUUCAAUGGGCCCUCAAUAGUUGAAAGUGUUAUGACGUAGCAUCAGGAUACCAAAUCACAUACCAGCAAA